CUUCCCAUUUUAAAUUAAGUUGGCGCCUUGGAUUAAAUGUAUAUUUUUGUCUCCCAGUUUUCGUUCCAGUGCUGCAGUUGUCAGAAGCAACAUAACAUAUAUACUCUGCUUUGCUCAUGUCAACAAAAAUAAUCAACAAAUAAAAAUUAAAAUUGUACCCAAAGUAGUUACAAUAAUAACACUAAAGAAAAUAUUGUACAUCGAUAGCCUCAUUCGUAACUCCGAUAGUACUAUCGAUGUUCUUGCAGCUCUGUCGUGCGGCUGUGUUUUGAUUCGCAGUUUUGCGGCACUUGCUUGUUAUUUUGGAAAUUAGAAACGAAAAUUGGCAGCGAAGAAAAACGGACAAAAUGUCGAAGAACGGCGAUAAGGUGAAAGUUAAGGAUCGCGUUCAGGAUGAGACCUGCGACCUGAGUCUCUCGGAGCUGGGCGAAGUACCGGUCAAAGAAAUUGCUUCGUUCAAGCGAGUCACCGUCUUGGAUCUGUCCAGCAACCGCCUGACUACCCUGGGACGGCAAUUCCCGAUUCUUACUCGCCUGGUAAGACUUGAUCUAAGUAAGAAUCAAAUACGCAACCUGCCCGAGGAUUUCGGAUUGCUGGAGAAUUUGCGUCAUCUGGACCUCUACAACAAUUGCCUUGAGCAUUUGCCAUUGAGCUUCGCCCAACUGCGUCGACUGCGAUAUUUGGACCUGAAGGGCAAUCCGUUGAAACCCGCCUGGGCGAAGAUUGUGGGUCCCUGCUCCACGCUGAAGGACUGCCAAGAGGCGGCCAAGAACUGUGUCAGCGUCUGCGCCAACUUGAAGCCCGAAUUCGAACGCGAGCGUCUGGCCCAGGCGUCCCAAGAGCGUGAACAGAGUGCUGACCAAAUGCCUGGCAGAGGGGAUGGCUCCAACAGUGCCCAGGCGAAUGGUGCCGGGCCAGGGGCCAAGAAGUCCACCAAACCAAAUAACAAGAAGGCAAAAUUGAAGAAAUUGGCCGAAGCAGCUGAGAACGACCUAACAUUCAAGCCAGUAAAUGCAGUGGGAGAGGGAAAUGGGGCAAAGUCUGUCAAUCAGAGGAUCAAUCAAAGGAAGAAAUCGACCAAUAGCAACUCCUGGCUGAAUAUGCUCCAAAAGGUUGCCCUGUCCACACUGGUUACAUUCCUGGUGCUCGUUGUUGUCAAUAUAGUCCUCAUCUAUAUGAUUAUGUUCAAGAGUCCGGAGAUAUCGGGAAAACUGUUGGAGUAUAUACCGCACCAGUAUCAGGACUGGAUAUUGACCAAGACGGAUCUCUUCCGUCUGCGCGUCACCGACUGGAUCUCUGAGUUCCGCACCCCCCCAGAGGAGCACUGACGGUUCAUUUAUUUGAAGCCAUAGAGCGCUGGGGCUUCAAAUAAAACGAAUCUCUGAUAAAAUUCGGAUGCUGGCGCGUGGAGAAAUCUGAAAUGUGUAGACCACCUGAACGAACGAGUUAAACGACUGCGACUUUUAUAUACCCCAAUGUAUUGUGUAUACUGCCAUAUACCCUCGU